UGUCCAGCUUCUUGUCUACCAGGACUCCCAAGUCCUUCUCUGCAGGGCUGCUCUCAAGGAGAUCUACACCCAGUUUGUAUAAAUACCUGGGAUUGCCAUGACCCAAGUGCAGCACCCUGCACUUGGCCUUAUUGAACCUCAUUAGGUUUUCAUGGGCCCACUUCUCCAGCCUGUUCAGGUCCCUCUGGGUGGCUUCCCUUCCUUCCAACGUAUCAAAUGCACCACCCAGCUUGGUGUCAUCUGCAAACUUGCUGAGGGUGCACUCGAGGCCAUCAUCUAUGUCAUUGAUGAAGAUGUUGAAGAACACCGGUCCCAAGACUGACCCCUGAAGGACAAUGCUGUGGCCGGCCUCCACCCUGACACAGAACCAUUGAUCACAACCCUUUGGCUGCGUCCAGCCAACCAAUUCCUAAUCCAUUGAAAAGUCUGUCCUUCAAAUCCAUACCUCUCCAAUUUAGAGAGAAGGAAGUGGUGAGGGACCAUGUAAAAGGCCUUGCAGAAGUCCAGGAAGAUGACAUCCAUCGCUCCUGCCCUGUUCACCGAUGCCGUCACUCUAUCACAGAAGGCCACUAGAUUGUUCAGGCAAGAUCUGUCCUUGGUGAAGCCAUGCUGGCUGUCUCGAAUCACCUCAUUGUCUCGUAUGUGCCUUAACAUAGCUUCUAGGAGGAUCUGCCCCAUGAUUUUCCCAGGCACAGAGGUGAGGCUCACCAGCCUGUAGUUCCCUGGGUCUUCCUUUCUCCCUUUCUUAAAAAUGAGAGAAAUGUUUCCCUUUUUCCAGUCACCCGGGACUUCACCAGACAGCCAUGAUUUUUCAAAUACGAUAGACAGCGAAUUGGCAACCACAUCAGCCAUCUUUUUCAGAACCCUAGGUUGGAAAUCAUCCAUCCCCAUAGAGUUAUAAAUAUUCAAUUGCAAGAGGAAGUCUGUCAUGUUUUUGUAAUUUUGCUAUUAGUAUUCCACAUCAUAACAUCAUGUACAGCACAGGUAAUUAAUGAGUUAAUACUCCAGUUCUGUGGACUGACAGCCUUCCAGAUACCUGCUUCUCAAAAGAGAAGAAGAACUACAUAACCCAGAGGACCUCAUGGUCAGAGAAGGAAGAUAUGUCACAGAAAUCACAGCACUCUCUCUUUCACUGCCAGGCAGAGGGUGUGGGUGUGCUUCCAAGCUGUGCGCCUUCAUUCAAGUAGGCCUUUUGGUUUUGGAAACUCUCUCUUAUUUUAUUUGAUAUAUUAGUCUCAAUUUCAAUUAGAUUGUAUCAUAUUGUGUUAUCUUGCAUUCCAAUAUCAUAGUAAAAUAAGUUUUCCUCCUUCGAUUGUUGCUGCUGCUGCGUUCUUUUUUCCCUCUGUGAGCCCAGCUUUCGUUUUCCCCUACCCCUUUCCCAUUUCCCUUCCCAUUUUGGGGAGCCAGGAGGCCCACGGGCCUACUGCCCCCCUGUCAUGGGCAUAGAUUUAUCUAGAUAACUCUGUGACAGCUUUUGGAGGAGAAUGCGGGCAUUUAACAUAAGCUUUUAACGUUAGCAGAGGAAAAAGAAAAAAAGAAAGGAUUUCUUUAAGCCAGAGACUGCGAGACUGCAGGGCAUUGCUACUGUGACCUUCGUAGAUUAGAUUAUAGUCUGGGUAGUCUCCAAACUCUGGACACUGUACCAAGUUUUUUUUGUUUGGUUGGGUUCUUUUCAUCCUUUUUAGCAGCUACUAUCUAUGAAUCUGCUCUUUACUGUAGGAGCACUGUAUAAGGGAAUAAAAACAAUUAUGAUCAUCGGAACUUAUUGGCCCAUUAUUAAUGUCAUGAUUUCUUGUUGUGGAAUUGUGUUCAUAUAUAACCAAAUAAGGGCACUGAUGGAGAAACCUGCCUGGUACUUAUAUGCAACGUGGUAUAAUUUGAAUUUUGACACUUACAUCCCAGAUGGAAUAGCUAAUUUUACAAGCAAUUACAUCCCAGAUGGAAUAGCUAAUUUUACAAACACCAUGAUGUUCAAACCGGUUUCCAGGCUUUCUUCUCAGUUUGUCACACGUUUUUCGAAUGCCGAGUUAGUGGUCAUGCUCGUAGUCAUACUUGUGUGCAUGUUAUCAAUCUUCCUGAAUGUACUCCUCUCCAUUCGUGUUAUGUGGAUGACGUCUCCUCCAAAAUCAGAGAAUGCUGACUGGCAGGGAACGUGGAGAGGUUUAGGAAAAAUCUUAGAACCGCGGGGACCUGCAUUGUCAUGGGAUUUCACUCUUGAACACCUGUGGGAUCCCGAGAAACUAAGCCAGUAUUUGAGUCGUGGAUGGUGCAGUUUAGAUAGAUCUAAAGAGAGACGACUUAUUUGGAGCUUGGCUUGUGCUUACCGCUCUCUGUAUAAUACUAUUCUGGAUGGUCGUCUGCCUCCCCUGCUCAACUUCUUCUGCUGGGGGAUGGAGAGCCGUUGUGGUCUCAGAAGGGUGUCCUUAAAGAGCUGCCAGCUUUGUUCUGUACCCAUGCCCUUAAGGACAGUUUCCCAGUGGAUCCCACUCAGCAGUUCCUUGAGCAGCAAUAAGUUUGCUCUCCUGAAGCACUGGGUCCUGGCUCUACUUUUUGCCAGGUUUGCAUUCUUGAAGAUUACAAAAUCCACCAGGGCAUGGUCACUACAGUCCAGGCUGCCUCCCGUCUUAACCUCUCUAAUGCUCUUCUCUGCAUUGGUGAGCACCAGGUCCAGUAAGGCUUCACCUCAGGUCAGUCCAGCUAAUACCUGGACUAGGAAGUUGUCCUUGACAGACUCCAGGAAUCUCCUGGAACAUCUGCCACCUCUUGUGCCAUUUUAGAAGUGUGGGGACCCGCAAUGUCAUGGGAUUUCACUGUUAAACACCUGUGGGAUCCCGAGAAACUAAGCCAGUAUUUGAGUCAGGGAUGGUGCUGCGUAGAUAGAUCUAAGGAGGUACGACUUAUUUGGGGCUUGGCUUGUGCUUACCGCACUCUAUAUAACACUGUUCUGGUGAGAGAAAGUUUCCAAGUUGAGGUUCAAGCCAAAGGGGGAAAUCUCCAAGUGGAAUCAGAUCAGUCACAGGAGACACCAGUAACAAUGUCAGUUGCCCCUGUGGAAGGCAAGAAAUGGAAGCGAGUGUCCUCACAUCUAGAAUGGAAAAAAGAAGAAGAAGCAGAGAAGGAGGUAGAGGAAGAUCCAGGCGAGGGGGCCUCCUCAGAACCAAGAAAGGCAAAAGCAAAAACCAAGAGACAUGGAGAGGAGAGUGAUGAAGAGGAAGUCACUAUUACUGUUCGUCGAUCUCUGAAGAUGGCUGAAAUCCAAAGCUCAAGGAAGGAGUUUACAUGGCGCCCGAAUGAAAUUCGUCACCUGGUUGCUUCACUUUUGGGACAGCAGGGCCAGUAGCUUUUCUCUAGAUGGUAGAGGGAGUAGUAGAUGUUUGGAUGGAGCUGCCUCCUUCUGGGAACGAAUGUUAGUAGGUGAGAGGGAAAGGCAUCCCUUCAAGGACAGUCUGAAGCCUGUGAUGAAAAAGUGGGAUACAACUGAAAAAGGUAUCCAGAAUUUGAGGGAAACAGCCGUGGUUGAAAUGUUGUAUGACCCGAAUUUUGUGCCUAACAAUCCACACCAAGACCAUGACCCUGAGAGAGUGAGGACGACGCCUGAUAUAUGGCGGAAACUCACAAGAACAGCACCAGAGAGAUACGUCACUACACUAGCAGCAACAUUUGACAGAUACGAGGACCAACAGAGAAGACCCCGAGUUUUUUAAUCAACUCUUACACUUCAAAACUAUGAACAUCACCUACCCCCAACUCACGCUUCCAUUUCAGCCAUCUCACAAGUAGCAAACAGAUUGGAUGAAGUGCAAGAGCAAGUGUCUCUAUUGAUUAAUCGUGAUGAACCUGUAGUAGUAUCAGAAACGUUUGAUGAAAAUCAGGAUGAGCAAAGGCGUCUAAUGAAGAAACAUAUCAAACUAAUGAAAAUCCAAUUAAUUUAAGGUGAUGGACCUUCCUCCUCACCUGUAUCAUCAAAAAUCUCAGCUAUUAAAGGCAAACGCUUUCUUGCUCAAGCAAGGAACAGUAGUAAGACCACAUCGCGUAUUACCUUGUGGCGUUACAUCCGUGACCACGGAGAAGACAUGAGGAAGUGGCAUGACCAAGAUACUCCUGUACUACGAGCACGGGUGAGAGAAUUACAGAACAGAUCAAUCAGUGGUGUAGAUGCUCCAGUUACCACAGAUAAUGAAUAGAGGGGCCCUGCCCUCAGUCACGGAGGGAAAGGGAUAAUAGAGGUUAUUGGACUGUGUGGAUUCGAUGGCCUGGCACAUCAGAACCACAGAAAUAUAAGGCACUGGUGGACACCGAUGCAGAGUGCACUCUAAUGCCCUCGAGUCAUGAAGGGACAGAAUCAAUCCAUAUUUCUGGAGUGACUGGGGGUUCUCAAGAACUGACUGUGUUGGAGGCCAAAAUAAGCCUCACUGGUAAAGACUGGCAAAAACAUCCUAUUGCAACUGGCCCGGGGCUCCAUGCAUACUGGGUAUUGAUUACCUCAGAACGGGGCAUUUCAAGGAUCCUAAGGGGUAUCGAUGGGCCUUUGGAAUAGCUGCUGUAGAUACAGACAACAUUAAGCAGUUGUCUGCUUUGCCUGGCCUGUAAGAAGAUCUGUCUGUUGUGGGGUUGCUACAAGUAGAAGAGCAGCAGGUAUUGAUUGCUACAAAAAUGGUGCACAGACGGCAGUACCGAACCAACAGGGAUUCCUUACUCCCCAUUCAUAAGUUGAUUCAUCAACUAGAGAAUCAGGGAGUGAUCAGCAAUCUCACUCACCUUUUAACAGCCCCAUAUG